AUGCAGGUUUCUAUUGGCCGACUAUUUUCAAGGAAGCUCAGACGUCAGUGGAAACUUGUGACUAUUGGCCGACAUAGGUUUUUGCAGUUGAAUGAGCUUGAUGAGCUUAGAUUAGGUGCCUAUGAUAACUCCAUGUUGUACAAAGAAAGAACAAAAGUGUGGCAUGAUAAAAGACUUCGUAGGAAAGAAUUUAAAGUUGGUGAUAAAGUCUUAUUGUUUUUGUCAAAGUUUAAGAUUAAGCAACCUAAAUUGACUUCCCGUUGGAUAGGACCUUAUGUAAUUAAGCAUGUUUACCCAUCCGGAUACGUUGAGUUGUUUAAAAAGGAUGGAGGGUCGUUUAUUGUUAAUGGUCAUAGGUUGAAGCUUUAUCAUGAGGAAGAAGCCGUGGAGGGAGUUACUUUUGAGGAACUCCCAUUGUUUGAUUUCGAAGAGUAA